AUGGAUGAUUUAGCUCAAAUUCUUCACGGGUGUACUUCAAAUGAUAAUACAAUUGUUCGUCAAAACAUUGAAAUAAGAAAUUAUUUACUUGAUCAAUCCCCAUUAGAAUUUGUUUGUCUUUUAUCAGAUAUUUCAAUCGAAGAAAAGUAUCAAAACCUGCAAGCGCAUUGUAUUGUUUUAUUAUAUUCUAUUUGCAUGCGAUACAAUAUAAUAGACCGCGAUGAUAUACUAUAUGAACUUUGGGACAGAUUCAAAACUGCUUUUCCAUUAUUAUUGCAGUCAAAUUCAAUCGGACAAAAUCAUAAGGAUAUGGUUUGCAGUAUUGUUGCCUAUAUAUUAUUACAUUAUUAUCAAAAAAAUCCGAAUAAUGUAGUUUAUGAAUACAUUAAGUCGUUAUUUGAGCAGCAAACAAUUCAAAUAUCUUUCAUACUAACAAUAUUAUCUGAAUUAUUUACACUCGGUGAUAAUUUAUGCGGAAUUGAAAUAGAAUUUUUACGUUCUGUUAUAGAAAACAAUACAAACAACACACUAUCGGAUAUAAAACUGUUUUUCGCAGUUGCCUCUAAAAUACCAGAAGAUCAAACGAUUUUGGAGCUUACAAAUUUAAUUUUUUCCUUAAUUAAGCCUCCUUUUCUGUCAGCGGCAUUUAAAAUACUUUGCAACUUCUGUGAGACAUCAUGUGACUUCUUUAAAUCUAAUUUUGAGGAGCUAGUAUCAUUCAUUUGCUCAAGUAUUUUAGAUGGUGACGAUCAAGUCAAAAUUCAAGGUUUAUAUACUCUUGAAACCAUUUUUGAGGCUUCACCCGCUAUGUCUACUGCAUGUAUUCCCUUCCAACAGCGAGUUAUUGAAACAUUAGUUUUAUUAAUCAACCACGCCGACGAAAACUGUCAAUUUGAUGUACCAAUCAAUGAUUGUAGCCCAUCAGCAAUCGCGAGGACCGUUCCAGAAUCCAUUACAAAGGUCAUGGGAAACGCAGGAAGAUCAGAUUUGUUCGAAACAACACUUUCCAACAUAUUUAACUCAAAUCCGAAUUUGUUGUAUGGACUACUGAUAUUUAUGAGCGAGAUGCACCUCAGAAUCAUCUCGUAUUUAUCAACUUCUUUCAGAUCUCAGUUAACAGAGUAUUGUUUCUCACUUUUGAGCGACCAAAACUUGCAUGCAUGUAUAAGGUAUUCUAUAUUUAAGGUAUUUUCGCAUAUGUCUGAAAAUAUUUUGGAUCAAAUUGAAAUUUUACUCGGAUUCGUACAAAACGAGGAGAUAGAAGAGGUCAGAUGGCCUGCCAUAGACUGUGUCAAGAAUAUUUUCGAUAAUUUACUCGAAAAUAAUCUUGAUUUUGACAAAAUUCAACAAAUUUUGAUAUCUUUCAUCGAGCAGGCAGAUAACAUAAAGACAAUCAGAAAACUCAUUGUCUGUAUCUCAUCAAUCUUCCUCAAAAACCCAAAUUUCGAUGACCAAUUUAAUGGUUUUGUCACUUUUUAUGUCCAAGUCGAUGAAAAUUUUGAAGAUAUAAGCAUUAAGUGCAGUAUAAUCAAAGGCGUUUCAAAAGUGUUGCAGCAGUAUGCUCAUAAAUACGAACUUUCAGACGAAUUCCAAGAAAUUGUAAGUUAUUUCUUUGAAAAAACGCAUGAACUGCUUUCGAAUGAUCAGAUACCGCCGAAACAAAUUCCAAAACUCCAAACAUACGCUCAGAUUCUCAUGAAGAUGCUUGGAUCCAAUUUUAGUAAAUAUUCUGACCAAAUUAUCUCUGAUUUGUUAUCACUUCUAUCAGAAGAACUUGUAUUUGUUCAAUGCUCGUGCUACGAUGAGCUUAUUACCUGCGGAUUCUACUGUGUUCCGCAAGAUUCAGGAAAUCAAAGGUAUUAUAUCGAAAAUACAACAAUUGAAAGAUACACCAUGGCUCUGAAGUCGAUGAAUAUUACAUGCUCAUUACUAGGAACGCGAUUAAUUGAUUAUGUUGAGCAAUUAAUUGAAAUUUGUUUCUCAUUACUGAAAAAUGAGCAUUUUGUGAUACAAAUCAACGUCGAAGCCUUCUGUUUAGCCAUUUCCAUAUGCGAAAACGUUCUUUGUGAGAAUAAUGACGCACAAAUUGAAAUAUUUUCCAAAAUUGUUGAAUUUUUCUCUUCAAAAAGCGAAAUGGACCGGGUAACAUCACGUCAUCAGUACAAUGAUUGUCGUUUUGUCUUCAAUUCCCUUAAAAAUGCCGUAAUUUCGAUUGAUAACCUAAAUUUAGAGAUUUUGAAACAACUUUUUGAUUCUGUUCUAAAUUUAUUUUUACAAUUUCAUCAUUUCUGCUUGGAUCAGAGCCAAAAAUACGUUGAAUACCAAAUUGACGUUAAUGAUGACUUCAAUUAUUUAUUCUCUACCCUAACAAUAUCAGAGAUCACGAGCUGCAUGACGAAGAUUGGACGAAAAAUUCCUGAAUAUUCUACAAAAAAAUUUGAUGAAAAAUGUUUGAAAGAAAUCAUUGAAGGAAUGGAGAUUCCAAACAUCAGGAUAUAUUGUUUUGAAAUUCUGUUCAAGUAUUUCACAUGGAAUCCGGAUGAUUCCCCUGUUUUGAAGUAUUAUCAAGAAUCAAUGAAAAUUUUUUCAGAAGAAAUUGACAAGAUAGAAAUAGAAUCAGAUAAUCUUCAACAUAGAAAAUACGAAGAGAUCAACGAUGCUUACUGUAGUGUUCUUUCCGGCUGGAUUUCUGUUUAUAAAAGAGAAAUUCCAAUUCCUAUUGAAAUUUCCAUUGAAUUAAUCAAUUUAUUAUUUGAUCUUGCUGAAAGUAAUUUUGUUUGUUACGAGCAAUUCGCAGGUAUGGAGAACUCUAUCAAUAUAUUAUUAGCAUUAAUUAUUCAUAAGAACAUAGAUUUACUACCAAAUCUACCUGAAUUGGUUGAGAGAUUUUACAAGAUCAUGUUCGUUAAUGAAUCUGCGACUAAAAAUCUUUGGAUGAUUGUUGAUUUCCUUUUGGACGCUAUGGCAAGGACACCUGAUACAUUUAUAAUGUUAGGAUGUUCGGAUUUCUUCAAAAUGCUGCCUUACUGGCUCCAAAACGGUCAAAAUGAUGAUGAAAAUAAGAUAUUAGUUGAAAAGUUGUUUACUUGUAUUAAUACGAUGCCUUUCUUGUCAAAGGAGUACGAGGAGUUUGUUAUUUCCGAGAAAAAUCCAGCAAAUAAUUUCAAAUUUUUGAGGGAUGCAAAAUUACGAAGAUUUAUGGAAAUACACAACACAAUGGUAGCUAUUGGACAAGAAAUCAAAAGAUUGCAGCAUCAGAUGCAAAUAUAA